CGUGGUGCGGGGCGGGGCCGGGGGGAGCUGGGAGGCUGGACAAGGUUGGGAAGCGCGGGGAGCUGAAGGCGGCUUGUGAUCGAAAUAUGACUCAAGAAAGUGAUCAUGGAAAAUGGACUAUAUCCAGUAGUGAUGAAAGUACUGAUGAAAAGUUUGACAAUGAGAAACCAUCUACUUCUGUAUCCCAUCCUGAAGAAGAAAAAACAAUUGGACUCCAGUACACAUGUUCUGAUGCUAGGAAAAUUGCCCAUAGAAGGAAGAUAUCACCUGUAAAAUUUGAUGACAAAAGUGUGUCGGCUGAAAUCUCAGUAGCAAAAAGACAGAAAAGUUCCCAGGAAGAUUUAGGCUGGUGCCUUUCAAGUAGCGAUGAUGAGACUCAACCAGAACAUAAGCCAAAGUGCAUUGAGAAGGUGAUCCCCAAGGAAGAAAAGUGUUCUCCACAAGAGCCAUCUUUUCAUAGCACCAAACAUGACCAACCACCCAUCAGUCGAGAUUUGAAAGAGGAAAAUGAAAGUACAGAUGAAACCCAAGACAGCUGGGACCUUAUGGAUAAAGGAAACCCCUUCAGAUUUUACCUCACUAAAGUCAAAGGAAUUAUGCCAAAAUACAACUCUGGUGCACUUCAUAUUAGAGACAUUUUAUCUCCACUUUUUGGGACAAUUGUAUCUUCUGCUCAGUUUAACUACUGCUUUGAUGUGGAUUGGCUUGUGAAACAGUAUCCUCCGGAGUUCAGGAAUAAACCUGUAUUACUGGUGCACGGAGACAAGCGAGAAGCAAAGGCCCGAUUACAUGAACAGGCAAAGCCUUAUGAAAACAUUUCCCUGUGCCAGGCCAAAUUGGAUAUUGCAUUCGGAACACACCAUACGAAAAUGAUGCUGCUAUUAUAUGAAGAAGGCAUGCGAGUUGUCAUACACACAUCCAAUCUUAUUCAUGACGAUUGGUACCAGAAAACUCAGGGAAUAUGGCUGAGCCCCUUAUAUCCUCGACUGGUGCAUGAAACCCAUAGUUCUGGUGACUCAGUAACACAUUUUAAGACUGAUCUGAUAAAUUACUUGAUGGCUUACAAUUCUCCUUCCCUCAAAGAAUGGAUAGAUAUCAUCAAGGAACAUGACCUUUCUGAAACCAGAGUCUACCUUAUUGGAUCAACCCCUGGACGAUUUCAAGGACAAAAAAAGGAAGACUGGGGCCACUUUAGGCUUAGAAAGCUUCUGAAAGAACAUUCUUCAUCCAUACCUAAAGAAGAAUCUUGGCCAAUAGUGGGUCAGUUUUCAAGUAUUGGCUCAAUGGGAGUUGAUGAAUCUAAGUGGCUGUGUUCUGAGUUUAAAGAUAGCCUGGUGAUGCUAGGAAGCAGUGGAAAAUCUCAAGGAGGACAUGAUGUUCCAAUUCAUUUGAUUUAUCCUACUGUGGAUAAUGUGCGGAAAAGCUUGGAAGGCUAUCCCGCUGGGGGAUCUCUUCCAUACAGUAUCCAAACUGCUCAGAAACAACUGUGGCUGAAUUCAUAUUUUCAUAAAUGGUCAGCAGAAACAUCAGGACGCAGCCAUGCCAUGCCUCACAUUAAGACGUACAUGAGAUUAUCUCCGGACUUCCAACAGAUUGCUUGGUUCUUAGUAACAAGUGCUAAUCUGUCUAAGGCUGCAUGGGGAGCUCUGGAGAAAAAUGGCACUCAGCUGAUGAUCCGUUCCUAUGAACUUGGAGUUCUUUUCCUGCCUUCAACAUUUGGUUUGGAUACAUUCACAGUAAAGGAAAAAUUAUUUUCAAGAAGUCGUGAACCAACAGCCUCAUUUCCUGUACCUUAUGAUUUACCACCAGAACUUUAUGGAAGUAAAGAUCGUCCAUGGAUUUGGAAUAUUCCCUAUACCAAGGCUCCAGAUACUCAUGGAAAUAUGUGGGUUCCAUCUUGAGCCCAGAUGCUCAUGGAAAUAUGUGGGUUCCAUCUUGAGCCCUAAGCAUAAUUUGAAAUUUAGGUGUCAGACCCCAAGCCAAUACCCUUCCCUGGAUAUUUGAUUCUUUCUUGUUUUAGGAUGUAAAAUUGCACCCUGGGUAUUCAUUUUGCUUAAAAAUAGAUCCACAUUCACAAAAAGGAUAGAGUCAACUCUCGGGAAAUUGAGCCAUAUGACCAGUUUUCUGGGCUUUGGAGCCAUAUGAUAUGUUUUCUGGAAAAAAUGUAUUGUAUUUUUUAAAAUUCCAUUUUAUAUACUUUGCAUAUUGGGGUUGGUAAAGUUGAAAAUAUAGAAAAUAUUAGAAAAAUAUCCUGAUCAUGAUCCUGAUUCACUCUAUUUAAAUUAAAGCUAGUUUGUGGUUUUGUAUCAUUUUUUUUUCCUCUGCAUUUUAAAAGGUGCUAUUUGUAUAACUGGAACUUAAAGAACAAAUAAUAUACCAGUAGUGUAAUUCAAAAGCCACCACUCUUGGAGCUAUUGUAUACUAUUGAUUGAUUGGUCGAUGCAUUUCAAGGGGAGGAUAUUCCUAAACCUUGGUAAGUUUUAGUGUCUUCCCACCUGUACCCUCAAGAGUUUUUUUUUUUUUCCCGCUACAAUUUAUGUAGCCUUUAAAGGUCCAUUCAUGGAGAAACUAAAAAACAGCUUGUCAUCCUCUUUGUAAUAAGCCUUCAUAUAUUUUCAAACCUAAGAUAGCACUCAUCCCAUUUAUUUUAGCUUUUCAACAGAGGUCCUAAUUACUAGUCCCUUAAAUCACUUUUCUUGUUCUCCUCAGGACUUUACACCACCCCAUUCUCAAGCUGUACCGGCCAAAACUGAUUUAAAAGAACUCUCCAGGCAAUUCAUGUGGACAUAAUAUAGUCAUUGUCAGAGCUUUUGUGUGUGUAAAACACUCCAGAAUUGGUCUCAGAUAAAAGGGAAGGUGAAAAGCAUACAGAAAGUGUGCAGUAAAUGUCAACAGUCCUUAGCAGAAGAGCAAAUAGGAAAGAAUCAGUGAAUGAAGAUGUGUACUUAGAGUUAUUGUUCUGGCCAACUCAAAUAGCUAUUCAGUGCAUCCUAGCUACAAUGUCCAGGACCAAAAUUACUAAAGAAUCUUAACUUGCCUCCUGUUCUCACCACAACCAGCUCAGCAAUAGAAUGCAGUUCUAGAAUCUUUUGGGGUAAAUGCCUCCUUGUCCUGUCGGAUAAUCUGACCCUGACUCUAUGAACAUAGUCGCCUCACCUUUUAGUAAGG